AUGGGAUUCAGGAGGAGCCACGUGUUCAGGAGCCACGUGACACGGACUUGUUACACAGGAUCGCCGAAGACGCCGAUGAAAUGCCCACAGUGCGGACGAACGUACAAGAUGAAGCGUAAUUUGACGACACAUAUGAAAUUCGAGUGCGGCGGUCAGAGACACUUCGCGUGCCACAUGUGCCCGGCCAGCUACACGCAGAAUAUCGGGCUGCGUCGACACUUGUUGAAACGGCACAAUGUCUAUUUGCCGCCAAAGUUCUCCGUACCGAAACAGCCGGCGAGACGGUCCAGGUACGGAUGCUACACGAACAUGGACGGGUUCACCUGCUACCAGUGCGGCCGAACGUAUCAGAUGAGGCACAAUCUGGUGAAACAUUUGCGAUUCGAGUGCGGCGGACAAAAACACUUUGUGUGCACCGUGUGCCCGGCGAGAUACACGCAAAACGGGAAGCUCAGGCAGCAUAUGCUGAACGCUCACAACAUCUUCGUUCCGCCGCGAAAAACGUGGAUGAGAACCGCUUACAGUCUCUACGAGAGCUAUCCGUUUGACGCUCCGUCCGCCAUGAAGACCAUGUUGCCGAGUAUCAGUCGCUACGUCCCCGAAGACCGUGAGUUCCAGUGCUCGAACUGCGGACGAAGAUACUCGCUCAAGCACAAUCUGAUCAGGCACGAGCGUUACGAGUGCGGCGGUCAACGAAGAUUCACCUGUGCUUUCUGCUCGAAGAAGUACACGCAGAAUGGCACCCUACAGAAACACCUUCUCCGGUUCCAUAACAUCGUCCAGUAUCCGAGACGGAAAUUCAAACGACAGCCGAAAUCCCGUAAUCGUUUAGCGAACUUCGAGAAUUAA